AUGCCCAACAUGAUUCAACUAGUAAAUCAAAUAGUUAUCGCAUCCGAAAUCGUUCUUUUCAAUAUUUUCGGAUUAUUCGGGAAUUUCAAUUUCAUAGUUCUAACCGUCAAAAAACCACAGCUUCGCUGUAAAUCUUGUAAGUCUGAAAAAAAUUUCAGAAAAUUCUGGAAUUAUUUUCAGCUUAUCUACAAUGUGCUUUGUGCAUUUCUCACAUUAUUUGUCUACUUUUCGAACUACCAAAUGCAAUUUUAUUGUUUACCGGUAAGUUAUGACGUGGCAGAACUUCAAGAAAAUAUUCUUAUCUUAGGCAUCCAACUUCGCCGCAACAUUUGCUUCCCAGCAAUUUCGCCCUACAUAUUUUUCAUCUGUGCUCAAGCAAUGAUAAUGCUCAUGUUAGUCAUAGACAUCUACAUAAUCGUCUAUUUUCCAUCAGUGUAAGCUUCUUAUUCUCUACUCAAAAAUCACUUCUAAAAAUUUCCAGCUAUCGAAUCCUAUCCAAUCUAAAAUACACCCUAAUCAUGUUGUUGCCUCCAAUAUUUUACGCGGGAUUUACCGUAACUUGGGGCUAUGUUGAGAUGAACGACGAGUUGGUGAUUUUUUGCAAUCCACCAAUCGGUUUGCACCCGUUGGUCAGCCGAUUCUGGUCACUUUCUAAUGUGAUCUUCAAUUCGGUCACUCUGUCCUUGUUUAUUGUUUUGAUGAUUAUUUUUCAUUUUCGAAGUAGGGUUUUCUAGAGGGAAUUGUUAUUUUUAGAAAGUCCAAGUUUUUUUUUGGGUUUGAUGUUAUUUGAUUGAGAAAAUGAUGGGAUUAGAGUUAGGCUAAAAUAUAACAUACUUUUUUUAGGAUACUUUUUUGAGAAAAUUUCAGAUUCCCAGGGAAACAUCGAAAAACCUUCUCACAAUCUGGAGAAACCUAAACUUUCUAUGAUGAAUUCAGAAUAUCCACGUGGCAAACAAAAAAAAUCAGAAACUAAAGUCUAUCUAGCUCUGGGAUCAAAAAUCAUGUGGAUCAAGAUUUUUAAAAACUCGGAUAAUUUUCAGAAGCAUUCUGCCACGUGGAUUAUCUAGAAUUUGAAAUUUUCCAUAUGUCAAAAACAGUUCAGAAUCCCAAGAAAACUUCAGAAAUCUACAAAACCAAGAUUCCAAAAAAAAAUAAAUUUCAGAAGCGUUUUGCCACGUGGAUUAUCUAGAAUUUUAAAAUUUGAAAAAUUCCACGUGUCAAAAACAGUUCCGAAUCCCAAGAAAACUUGAGAGAUCUACGGAACCGAGAUUCCAAAAAAAUAAAUUUCAGAAGCGUUUUGCCACGUGGAACUAUACAUUCCACGUGUCCGAAAAAAAACAGUUGAAGUGUUUCAGAAUCUCAAGACAACAUUCCAAGUCCCAGAAAAUCCACCUCAAAACCCUCCCAAAUUAUCUCAACUCCCCAACUUCCAGGCCGCAAGCAAAAAAAGGACACGCGCAAGCUAAUGAAUCGCCUCCGCGUCUCAGUCAUCGUAUUCUCACUCUCCUGGUACAUGUGCACACUGGGUGUCGAUCUAUUCGCCGCCAUCGGUUUGCAAGGCGAUGUUUUGGCAUUUUUCCAAAGUAACAUGGUGUUUUUCGCACUGCUCUGCUAUACUCAACCAUUUUAUGUUUGCUUGUGGCGUUCUUCGGAGUAUCGUUCCGCGUUUAUUGAUUUGUGGAGCUUUAUUCCGUGUGUGAAUCGUUUGAAAGUCACCAAAAAAUGGGCUGUUCCAACUAUGAUGAUGUCAACUGUGGAUUCAGUUACCAAAACACAGAAUAAUUGA